GAAGGCCAGUCUCGGCUUCACCGUCGCUUUGGCUCCGAUGUCGGAGGUGUUUGUGUCUGGAAGAAAUGGACUCUGGCAAUGCACGAAUUUGAUCAUUCAGAGAUCCGAUCAGCUGAGUCUGUGAAUGGCGCCAAAACAGGACCCUAAACCUAAAUUUCAAGAAGGUGAAAGAGUCCUGUGCUUUCAUGGGCCAUUGCUUUAUGAGGCAAAGUGUGUCAAAAUCAGCAUAAAGGAUAAGCAGAUUAAAUACUUCAUUCAUUACAGCGGAUGGAACAAAAACUGGGAUGAAUGGGUUCCUGAAAGCAGAGUUCUCAAAUAUGUGGACAGCAACCUUGCGAAACAAAAAGAGCUUCAAAAGGCCAAUCAGGACCAUUAUGUUGAGGGAAAGAUGAGGGGUUUAGCACCAAGCAAGAAGAUUGCUGCUGUGCAGCAGAAAAAUGUUGAUCUGAAAGUGAAAAAGGCAAAACAGAAGACCCCAGGGCCGGGUGAAGGCACCAGUAGUGGAGAACCGCCCCAGGGACCACGGAAGAAGAGGGCUCGGGUUGAUCCUACUGUGGAGAGUGAGGAGAUGUUCACCAACCGUGUGGAGGUGAAAGUGAAGAUCCCCGAGGAGCUAAAACCCUGGCUGGUGGAUGACUGGGACCUCAUCACACGCCAGAAACAGUUAUUUCAUCUGCCUGCUAAGAAGAAUGUAGAGACUGUCUUGGAGGACUAUGCAAACUACAAGAAAUCAAAAGGAAACUCGGAUAAUAAGGAGUAUGCAGUCAACGAGGUGGUGGCGGGCAUUCGUGAGUACUUCAACGUCAUGCUGGGCACCCAGCUUCUGUACAAGUUCGAGAGGCCGCAGUACGCUGAGAUUCUGGCUGAACACCCAGACAUGCCGAUGUCUCAGGUGUACGGAGCGCCACAUCUGCUGCGUCUGUUUGUUCGCAUCGGAGCCAUGCUGGCCUACACUCCACUAGAUGAGAAGAGUCUGGCUUUGCUGCUCAGUUACCUCCAAGAUUUUCUCAAGUACCUGGUGAAGAAUUCGUCCACACUCUUCAGUGCCAGCGACUACGAGGUUGCCCCCCCGGAGUACCACCGCAAAGCUGUGUGAGAGCUCUUAGCACGCAAAGCUCCUAGCGGGACGAGUCAUCCCCUCUUUCCCAGAUCACAAAUAAAACAACCAUUACUGUCUUUUUUGAGUGCAGACUUAGAUUAGAUUUUUCACUUGAACUGAAGUGUUUCCUCCACACAGGUCUCAGGAGCUUGUCACGGUUAAGAGGAAAAGAAAAAAAACAUUAACCCUUUUCAGCUGAAUCGCUUUUCUGGUUUUCCCCCUUUUUUCCUUUUUAUAUAGUUUUUUUUUGUUGUUGUUUGUUUUUUUAAAGACACGACGAAAAAUGUGUUUCUCUGUAGUCCGUUUACACAAGCAGCUCUUUGGUGUUUUUGUGCAUUCCAGCUGAUAGAUACUUGUUGCAUGUGUGUAUUUAUUAGUGUUUCUUCUGCCACAUGAGGUGCAAUUUGUUACUGGGCGACACAGUCAGCACUCAGCAGUUCAAGUUUUUGUAUCUGUAUCUUGUGUAUUUGUAUCAAUUUUUUAAAAAAGAAGAACAAAAACAUGUUUCUACACAAUCUC